AGCCACCUCAGGGGUAGCGGGCGGGGGGGGCGGCAGCGCGGGCGAUUCCCGCCCGGUGCCCGUGGGCAGCGAGGCUCCUUCUCCUUCCAGGAUAUAAGGGUUCUCCUCUCCCCUUUCCCUCUGUGCGGGGACUUUGGCCGCGCAGAGCCGCCGUCCUUCCCCGGAGGAGCAGGAUUGGGAACUGCCUUCCCCGGACGUUGAUAAAACAAACAUGUUUCCUCUCAUACAACGAUGCUGCUUCCACACAUCUUUCAGACUCCAGAAGUUAACGGGUCCCAGGCUGCUGCUCUGUGCAAAGAAUAAGACAACUUGGUCUUCCCUCGGCCUCUGGCUCCGGAGGGAUGUGUGUCCUCUCUCAAGACCUCCAAGCUUCAAACCAGCAUCAGUUUAUGCAACCCAGCUCCAGGCUUUUCACACCUCUCUCCCCGUCUCCAAGAAGAAAAAGCCUCCAGAAUCUGAGACAGAAUCCGAAAAAAGCAAGGAAUCCCUGAAGGACGUUCCCAAGCCGGCCCUUUACCUGAGCCUGGGGGGGCUGGUUCCCUUUGUGAUGGCACCACUGGCCAUGAUCAUCCAGGGCACCUACUACCCCGAGGUGGCCUUUGUUCAGGUCGCAUACGGUGCUGUGACAGCCUCUUUCCUGGGGGGAAUGAGGUGGGGCUUUGCCCUUCCGGAAAACAGCCCAGCCAAGCCGGACUGGCUGAACCUGGCUAAUGGCAUUGUUCCUCCUGUGCUUGCCUGGCAGGCCUUGCUCUUCAAGGAUGCCACCGUGGGAGCACUGAUGGUGGUGAUGGCCUUGGGGAUAGCGCUGCAUUAUGACAUUGCCCUUCUUCCCCCUUACCCGAGGGGGUUUAAAAGACUGAGGGUGUGGGGAACAGUGGUGAUGGUGUUAUCCCUGUUGACCACUGCAGCACUGAAGCUCAGUUUUGAGGCGCAGAGACUUGAAGACAGAAAUAAAUGGCAGAACACAAAAUAUUAAAUUGAUAGGGAAAAGAUAUUGUCUGCCAGUAUUUGCAUGGAGUUCCAGGAGAAAUAAAGAACUGAUUUGUGCUUAGAAGUGAUGAUGGCAGGGAUCAAGAUGCUUACUCUCAAAGCAAACUUGAUUCUCCUACUGACUUUCAAGCUAGUUUAGGAGGGAAGGAUUGCAAAUAGCAAUGGCUUCCAAAGCAAACGGGAGUCUGUCCUUAUCCAUAGAACAAGGAAUCACUCUUUAACGAGAUAUUGCUGUCAUAGGAAUUUCAAAUGGAGAUUCAAAAUGAUGUGGGUAUGAAUUGCUGUAGGCUGAAUUAUUAAAGUAUCUGGUUUAACUAUAAUGUGUGAUCAUGUUCUGAGGUGGGGAGGACAACUGUGUGGUCAUAAACAGUAACAAGGUGAAAGCAGUUCUAGUUUGGUGUUUAAAGCAGCAGCAGCAGAGAACUGUGCACAAGCAAAUCCACGUUCAGUUCCUGUGUUCUGGAACAAGACUCCUGUUUCACCUGAGAAGAUGCUGAAAAUCAUGGAAUCAUUUGGGUUGGAAGGGAUCUUAAAGAUCAUCUCAUUCCAACCCCCCUGCUGUGGACAGGGACACCUUCCACUAGACCAGGCUGCUCAGAGCUCCAUCCAGCCUGAACACUUCUAGGGAUGCUGUGUGAGGAAGUGCUCAGUGCAGAGUCAGUAAGAAAGGACAGGUGAGGUUUGUUUGCAGGGCAAGCCAAGGUCAGCACUCACCUAAAAUGUGUCAUUCAGUUGCUGUGCUGGAGCGGGGAAAGCUGAAGGGGGAGCUUUGCAUCUUUGACAAGGCACCAGAGAAGACAGAAGGUCAACUUCCUGCUCAGGCUUACUGAAAU